GCCCGGCCUGCCCCUGUCCCCUGUUUUAUUGUCAGAUCAAUCCGAUCUCCGACACGACGCGUGAACGCGCACGGAAUACAUUAGGAAUUCUCGGAAGCGGCUAUAGCCUCGAAAAAUUGCGUUCAGUACUUGUCUCUCGUGCGAACGAGCGAGCGAGCGAUUUCUUCGCUGAAUCGAAAAUGUAGCAGAAAAAUGUUUAUCUUUCGAUAUUUUGUCUCUCUCUCUCUCCCCCCUUCCUCUUCCUCUCUCUGCCCCCUCUCCUCCCUGUUUAAAUCCUCCAGUAUCUCGAAACUUGCUUUCAGAGUACGAUGAGGCUGCAUACGUCAUCGAGUUCCUCCGCAAAGAAAUCUUGCUUGCGACGCGCGUAUCUCAUUCAUGAAAGAGGCGUCGCAGGGUUAAUUGUGUUGGAAGUCGCAGGGGACGAAUUAGGUUAUGUAUCGCGAUAUAUAUACGAAGUACGCACUUGUAUAUAUAAAUUUUACUUAUAUUUUGCGUGUGUAUCGCGUUUAAGGUGUUAUUGCGAUGUACGUGUAGGUAUGGGUGCAGUACGCGUGCGUGUGUGCAUGUGAUUUGUGGAAGCUGCGGGUUGACACAAGCGCACUCACGAAUCUCGCGACUCGCGAUAGUCGCGAUGCGUCAAUGCGUGCUGCCUGCAGGUGUUGCCUAUUUAUUCGUAGGAGAAAUGCGUCGUGAAUAAAUCACUCAACUUCACGCGGUUCGCGCGGCGCCGUAUCUUUUACGUUAAACAUAUCGUGUAUCGAAGAGACCAUGAUGCAUCUUGGAAGAGACGUUCAUUGUUUACGAGCAUUUACGAGCGCAUUGGAAAUCGCACUCGCGUAAUAUAUGCGUGUAUAAUACUAAUGAACGAUCUGGGGAUUCUGGGGGACUGUGUGUAUUGAAAUUUGCUCGUGAAAUCGGUGGAAUGUGAUAUAAAUACGUCGGUCGAUAUAUCAUUCCGAGAAAGAUAUUUUAUCGUGAAUAAUUGUUUGCACUCUUUAAUUGCCAAUUGAGCGCCCCGAUAAGAUUCCUUCGAAGUAAACUCGGAAGUAAAUUGUGUAUUUUUUUUCCAAUUUUAAUGGCAAAUGAUGUGAACGUGUUGUCAGUUUAUAGACGAAUAUAGAUGUUUAAAAAAAGAUAUCAGAAUAAGGACGUAUUUUUGGGAGUAAGCUUCUUUAAAUGUUUCCAAAAAGUCUUUAGUUGAUGAAUAUAUACAUCCAAAGGAUAUAAAAGAAAACGAAAACAUGGACAAAGGACAUGGUGCCACCUACGCAGGAAGUGAUAGCCACCUACUCGAAUACUGGGAGGAAUAUCAGAAAAUGAUAGAGGAAACAAAAAUGUUGGAUGAUUAUUUAGAUGAAGAAUGCAGCCCUCGAAGUUAUGAUGAAGGAGAAGAAGAAGCUGAAUGGUUACAUGCAGCAGGCUUAGGGCAAUUAACAGAGGCAUGGAAAGCAGGCAAGGAGGUACAACCUGAAGAAUUAGGUGCAGUUUUGCGUCCUCUAUCGCGAGCUCAAGCAGAAGCUGUGAAACGUCGCGUGAGAUCGCUUAAUCAUACAGUUAAACAACGUUUUAAUCAGCGUCAACGUGUUCGCAAACCAGACAUUAGAGAUGUCUUUAAAGAUGUAGAGGUCUCCAGCACAGGUACGCGAUCACGUAGCGGCACUCCUGAUUCUUUAGAUUCAAUUCGAGGCGCUACACCAGAAAAUGCAUCACCUCCUUCCCCUCCGAUAGUCGAAGAUGCGCACCAAAACGCUGGUGUACCAAGUUUUGUUUCUAUAUUCCACCGAACGUCAACUGAAGAAAAACCAACGGUUCGUAGAACACCAAGUGUUCCUCAAACAGUUCUUAAUUCUGUGCCAGUGCCUGCUUCGACUUCUGCACCCGUGCAAGAAAUUUUCAGGAGAGUCGGCAAUUGGUCGAGAGGGGAUGUUGCAAAUGAUUCUGAAGGAAUUCAGUUGACCGGCUACCAUAGAUUGGGAACAAUACACAUUGCCAGGCCACUUCAGAGACAUAAUGGUGAUCUUAAUCAUGUAACAAAUUUAGACGCUGAGUCAGUUAGAAAAUUGGCCGUGCCAAAGGAAUCGAGUCUUCGACGGAGUUCAGGAAAUCACGCGACAGUAACGCGAAGUCAUAGCAGUUUAUAUGGCUUAACCAGACCAGCGGAUGGAAACUUAAUAGCUCGUCCAUUAAGUCGUACAUCAUCGCACGGUCAUCUUAGUUUCGAGGAGAUGUGUAAAACCAACGAAGCCAAAUCUCAAGUGUGGCCUUCUGACAAUCUUAUGACUGAUGACGCUUACGCUCGACAAGAUGUAGAAUUGUUAUCACAACGAGAUUUUACGAAAUUGCAACCUCUUUUAUGGCUUGAGCUUACGGCGAUUUUUGAUAAAUAUAAUAUACCGCUUACAAGACGAAAACCGAAUAAGAGAAGGAGGAAAACUGGCAAUUUGUUUGGCGUUUCUUUAUCGACGCUAUUGCUCAGGGACAGUCAAUUAACAAGUGAAGAAAAUAACAUACCAUUAGUGUUUCAAAAAAUUCUUAAUGAGUUGACAAAACGUGGAGUAAAAGAAGAAGGUAUUCUUCGUGUUGGAGGCCAUAAACAAAAAGUAAGUGUAUAGUCAUUAAGUCCUUUGUUGCAGUGUUUUAUAUAUGGGACACUUGAAAUAUUUAUAUUAAUGUUUUGAAAUUGUUGAUUUCGAAUCUCACAAUUUGAAAACUAAAUAGCAGAUUAAAUAUUUAACGGCAAAAAUAAUUAAAAAUUUUGAAAAAUUAUUUUUAUUUGUCUGAAACGUAUAUUUUAGAGCUGUUACUUUUCACCUACUUCGAAUAUUCGAAACUUCGAAAGAAUUCGAAGCUUCGAAGUUUAAAAAAAUACGUUCA